AUGAAUGAAAAUAAUUAUUCAACAUAUUCCAAAAAUCUAAACUUGGAAUCUGACGUAGAGAUCUCCAUUGAAACACUAAGGCAUAGACAGUCCAAUCUAAAAAGAUGGAAAUGGAAAUGGAAAUGGAAGUGGAAUAAUAAUAAUAAACAAAUACCUGUUAUCGGGAAAGGUAUAUGGCUGGAUAUACAAGAUAGACUACCUUACUAUUGGUCCGAUUGGACCGAUUCAGUAGAUUACAGAGUUAUACCAUCUGUUAUUGAAACGUAUUUUAAUAAUCUUUUACCCGCAAUUGCGUUUGCUCAAGAUAUGUUUGAUAGGACGGACAAUUCUUAUGGUGUGAAUGAAGUACUCUUGAGUAGUGCACUAGCAGGAAUUGUAUUUGGAAUUCUAUCAGGUCAACCACUAUGUAUAGUGGGAGUUACUGGACCUAUCUCAAUUUUCAAUUAUACCGUAUAUGAAAUUAUCAAACCAUUGAAUACAAAUUAUUUUGGAUUUAUGUUCUGGAUCUAUAUUUGGUCAAUGAUUUUACAUCUAAUUUUAGCAUUUGGUAAUUCUGUAAUGUUAUUUCAAUAUGUGACAACAUUCCCUUGUGAUAUCUUUGGCUUAUUUAUAAACGUGAUUUAUAUUCAAAAGGGAAUACAAAUAUUAUUAAGACAGUUUCAUUUAAAAAUAAAUGAAAAUGAAACAAUAACUGAUGUUAGUGCCGGGUUUGCAAGUAUUACCGUUGCAUUGAUAAUGACAGUUUUUGGUGCAAGUUUUAAAAUGUUCACACGAACCCCAUUAUUAACUCACAAACUACGAACUUUAAUUUCAGACUAUUCUACAGCUUUGUCAGUUUUGUUUUGGUCUGCCUUCAUUAACUUUGGUGGAUUCUUAAAGGACAUACAUUUCCAAAAAUUACCAAUAACAAAAGCAUUCUAUCCUACAUCAGGUACAUUUAGAGAUCGAUCUACAUGGCUUGCGUAUGAAGCUAUCUCCACUCGCGAUGUUUUUCUUGCAUUACCGUUUGGUAUAAUCGUUACCAUUUUAUUUUAUUUUGAUCAUAAUGUAUCAUCAUUAAUGGCCCAAAGUUAUCAAUAUAAGUUGAAGAAACCUUCCACUUUUCAUUACGAUUUUGCUCUUCUUGGCAUUACUACAGGAAUUGCAGGUGUAUUAGGAAUUCCCGCCCCUAAUGGAUUAAUACCUCAAGCUCCUUUACAUACGCAAUCAUUAUUAGUUUAUAACUCAAAGGGUGACGUAAUUAGAUGUGUUGAGCAACGGUUCACUAAUACAGUUCAAGGUUUAAUGAUUUUAGCUACAAUGGCACGCCCUUUUCUAAUAUGUUUGGGACAGAUCCCACAAGCUGUCUUAUCAGGGUUAUUUUUUAUGAUGGGCAUACAAGGUCUCCUAGGCAAUACAAUAAUCCAGAAAAUUAUUUGGGUUUUUUCGGACCCAGAUCGUAAAGACCAAACUUCACCACUGAUAAAUGUAACAACGAAAUCUAUUAUAAUAUUCCUGAUUUUUAGCCUUGCAGGCUUCACUGGUGAAUUUGCUAUAACAAACACUAUCGCUGCUAUAGGGUUUCCAUUGAUUCUACUGUUAUCUGUAAUUGCUAGCUUUAUUAUGCCUUAUUUUAUUCCUAAACAUGAUCUAGAUAUCUUACAAGAGAAUGUGGCGGAAAGAUUUACUAUUAAAAACUUGCUGCUAACAAACUUAUGCCCUAAUCAUGAAUCAAAUGAGGAAGACAUUGAAAUUACGACUUACGAAACCUACCCAAAUCAUUCUGAAAAUAGAUGUUACAAUAAUGUAUAUGAAACUGGUUCAAGAUCAAAUUUAAAUUAA